CCUAUAUUUGUACAGUGUAUCUAUAGUAUUAUCCAUUCCAGAAGUCAAGACACUCGGUUGCUUUUUGAAUAACUUUUGAUACGAACAAGAUGAAGACCUGCGGUUUUCGCCAUUCGAAAGAGGAGACUUGGAUGCAUGUUUUCAUAUUCAGGUGACAAAUAUUGCCUCAUUAAAAUGUUUUCUCGUUUUUCUAUCAAACUGACUCUAUGUUGUUGUUCUUUUUCUACAGGUGCCUAUCUAGAGAUGGGCCGUAAUAUGUAAGCUUUGAAAGAACGAAACGAAAGAUUAUUUGUUAUUCACUAUAGCAAACUAUGUUUCAUUUAUACACAAGUAAAGAAUAUUCGAAUAAUGAGUAUAUGAAUACACAUCAGAAAAACAAUGAGAAAAGAGCUCAAACUUACGUAACAAACGUAACAGUAACGUCUCUUAUAUAUAUUGAACGAAGAAACGUAAGAGCCAAUGAGAAGGGAAGAACUUAAGACAAUAAAAUUGAAUAUAACAAGUGAGGCUGUUUUGAGUUCUGAUUCACAGUUAUUUACAAAUUACAUAAAGGAGCUUUAUUAAAGGGAAUGUAUGUACAGGAGAAUUAUUCAAAUCCAGUUCAUAUUUUUAUUUGUUAGACUUAUAUGGAAAUGCCACAUAACAUAUCCCGUAUGAGGACAUUUUUUCGUCUCAGAGUUCCGAUACAAAAAAAAGAGAACAGAAAGCUAUGCAUAUGCGAAAAGAGAUAUCUCCUUAUUUGCUGGUUCUCUAUACAGUUUGUCUUUUCCGAAUAAGAACAAACGGAACUGAAUAGUCUCUAUUAUUCGUAUAAUAAAGAAAUGAAAAGAACGAAAAUGAGAAAAUCCAUCCUUCUGUCGCUUUGUAUACUUCACAUUAAACGCAUUCGUUCUAUUCAAACAGCCCAUCUCUAUACCUAUCGAUAUUUUUAUCUAUCAUAAUAACAACGCUUUAAGCGAACACAAAAAACAUACAAAAAAAAUGACUACCGAUAACAUCCAGUCAAUUGCACAACUUUAAUCGUUGUACAGAAUAUAGACACAAAACAGUGGAUUUAGUUUUGCAGUUUACUGCAAAGUUAUGUUCAGAUGUUCAAAUCUCGCACAAAAUUAAUUUGUGUUUUUCGAUUGUUUUAGUUUAGAAUACUAUAAUAGAAUAUUAUUCCACUUGUAUUUUGACAGAAUAAAGCUUUAUAUUUCCAAUAGACUACAUGUGUAUGACUCAAAACAAAAUCAUGUCGUUGCAGUAUGGAUGACUCAUUUAACUCUACUUCCCUUAUAUUCUUCAUUAUUCGCAGGUGAAUUAAAAGGUAAUGUUUUUUUGAAAUACAAAAUCGAAUACCAUAACAUUAUUGUAAUUAUUAAAAAUAAGCAAAAUGUCAUCGUUGCUUUGUUGUCUUCUGUACUGUAUUAGCUUUUCAUACAGUUUCUUUCUGUGAUUUCUGAGAUAAAUGAUUUAACUAUUGUUAAAUAGAAUAUAACAACCUAAAAUUUUGACAUUAUUAAUGGGUAAUAGAAACGCAGGUAAACAUCAAAAGUAGUCACUCUUAUUACAAAGGUCCUGUUUUUUUAUAGAUCUAGCCUACUGGAUCUUUUUCUUUUUAUUAAUUGCAUUAUAAUACUUUGCAAUAUGUUAGUAUUUUUAUUACGUUACAAUCCAAUGAAUUUCGAUGUUUUAUUACGUAUUAGCGUAAAAAUACCCACAAAGUGUUAUUACAAACACUUUGCACAAGAUUAAAUCUCGCAUAUCUCAGAUAAAAUGCAAUCUUUAUCGAAGAAAGACAAAAGAGAUCGAUCCCUUAGAUUAGGAAUCAUUUUGAUAAAAAGAAUCAAUGCUCUCCUUAUCAGAAGAAAGCUUACACAUUAAAUAUCUCGUGAGCUUUUCAAUUUUGUUUUCUUAUAUCUCCGCUAAGAUUCAACUUUUCUUCCCUCAAAAUCUUUUAGUUGACAAUGUCCUGUGAUACCAUUCGCUAGCUCUCAAGAAUAAAAAUCGAAUUAUGUACAUUGAAUAGUAUUAUUACGUAGUAAUUGGCUUGUGAAGCUGAAGAAUGCUCAAUAAUACACUUUGUCAGAAGUUUCCAUGGACGAAACUAUAAUUCGUAAUAAAACGUGUGUAAUCGGCAUUAGAAAGGUGUCAUUGAGUGUGUAUACAUUGAUGUAUUAUAAUUGUUUAUUAUCAUUUUUUCAAGGGCGCUUUAUCUGUCUUCAUCGCACAAUGGAUUCGGAGAUUUUUAUUCCUUUCUUAGUGAAAACUCGUUUCCUAAGAAAAAUGAAACUGACAGUCGAGACAAUUAGCUUUUUAUCAUUAUCUAGGCUACAAGAAUUUGCUAAUAUAGCGGAAAAAGUUCACUUGAAAGUUGAUUUUUUUACUUUUUGGGUAUCGUUUCGCACGGAAAAAAACCACUCAAAUAUCUCAAUAAACGAAAAAGUAGGGAGAAUGAUAGAAAAACGUAAACAUAUCAGCUAGAUGUUCAGAUGAAUUUCUUAUAAGAUCUUAUGAAUUCUUCUAUUAUCUUAUGACUUUCAGUAAGUUCUUAUCACAAGGUUUUCUCAGAUUUUGUAUUACGUCGGGUUUCAUUUUCUUAUCUCAUUUCAAUUUGGUAGGAAAAUAUAAUACAUUGUAAUCUAUUAGAUAUCAACUGAUUACAAUAUGAUAGGCAUUAUCACAUUUUAACGAAUAAGUCACUAAUGAGUUAUGACCGAUUUGGAGAUCAAAUAUAAUUUUUGUAGGAGAUGUUUAACGCAUCAUAGCUCACGUCAAUACAAAAAUUAGAUUUGAUUAUUUUUCAUUAGUUUUUAAUGAUUUACAAUGCCGCAGACUACAUGUAUCCGUUUUAAAACGGAUAUGAGAAUAAAAGUAUAUACGAGAAAAAAAGUUCCCAUGGGAAGAAGUUCAUUCGUCGUCCGCGAAAGUGAAAUGAUGUUUUUUGUUUUAGUUAUGAUAUUUCCUUAUUUCAUUUAGAUUUCACUGAAGAUACUCCCCCUCGUCCUCCUUCACAAGGUGGUACGUUUGUCACACAUGUCUAUCGAGAAAUAAAUCUCGACAAUAGAAUUAUACCAAUUGAUAAUAUUCAAUAUCGUUUCAAACACGAACUGGGCAAAGGCGCGUAUGGGUCGGUUCAUUCAGCUGUUGCUUUACCAUCUGGUCGAAAAGUGGCUGUUAAGGUUGUUAGUUUAGCAGCAGAUCCUAGCGUAUUAUCGGCAUUAGCCGAAUCAUAUUUAAACGAAGUCGCAAUGUCUAAGCGAGAACAACGACGAUGA